CUACACGUAAACUUUCCAUUCAGCGAGACCUGACAGCGAGAACCUGAGCGAGAACCUGACAGCGAGGUGUCGAACUUUGAAACACUCUAGUAGGUGUUGCUGCCAAGAACAGUUUAAUUUUAUUGGAAAAUGUACGACCUCGUGACUGGGCUGACGAUAUCAUGGAGUUGCUGGACGCUGUCCUGUCUUUUUAUUGCAGUUCUCGAACUUCCAAAACCGACAAAGUGCGUGAGCGGCGACGCGGCGACGGAGGUUGAAAAGCAUCUCUCGCUCGGGACGACGAUGCUCGCGAGUGGACAGCUCGGCGACGCGCUGACGCACUACCACGCCGCGAUAGAGGGAGACCCGAGCAACUACCUCUCGUACUUCCGCCGCGCCACCGUCUACCUCGCCAUGGGGAAGGCGCGCUCGGCCCUCACCGACCUUGACCGCGUCCUUGAACUGAAGCCGGACUUCACAGCAGCGCGGCUGCAGCGCGGGAACGUCUACCUGAAGCAGGGGGCGCUGGACGACGCGUACAUCGACUACGAGCGCGUCCUCGCGCGGCAGCCAGACGCCGACGAAGCUCACGCGAACCUCGAACUCAUCGAUCUCCUCCGCGGCGAAUUCCAGAUGAUCGACGGCUUCAUGGAGGAGCAGCCGACGGCGCGGGACUGCCGCGAGAUCAUGGACGCGCUCUCGCGCGCGAUCGACGCGUGCCCGUGGGACGCGACGCUCCUGGAGCAACGGUCGGAGUGUCACAUCCUGCUCGGCGACCAUCACCGCGCCGUCGCAGACCUGCGGCCGACGACGCGGCUUCGCACCGACAACCGCGCGGCGCACCUCAAGAUCAGCCAGCUGCUGUACGCCAUGGGUCUCGCCGAAGACUCGCUCACCGAGGUGCGCGAGUGCCUCAAGCUCGACCCGGACGACGCGCAGUGCUUCGAGCACUACCGGCUCGUCAAGAAGCUCGCGAAGCAGAUCGCGGCGGCGGACUCCGCGGCCGGCGAGCAACGCUGGGACGCGUGCGUCGCCGCGGCGACGCGCAUGCUCGCGACGGAGACCAGGGUGCCGGCGUUCGUGGCGCGCGCAAAGUCGCUGCAAUGCCGCUGCCUGGCGAGCGCGGCGACGGACGUGGCGGCGGCGGUCGCGGCAUGCACGGAGGUGCUGACGGGAGACCCUAACAACGUGGAUGCGCUGUGCAGCCGCGCAGACGCUCACCUCCUCGAGGAUCGCUACGACGACGCGAUCCGAGACUACCAGGCCGCGGUGAACGUCGACGAGGAGUCGAGGCGCGCGCGAGACGGUCUCACCCGCGCUCAGAAGCUGGAGAAACAGUCGAAGAAGCGAGACUACUACAAGAUCCUCGGCGUGAAGCGGACGGCGCGGAAGCGAGAGAUCGAGAAGGCGUACCGGCGGCUCGCGAUGGAGUGGCAUCCGGACAAGUUCUCCGACGAGGAGGAGAAGAAGCGGGCCGGCGCGAAAUUCAUGGACAUCGCCGCCGCGAAGGAGGUGCUGACGGAUCCCGAGAAGCGGCAGAAGUUCGACAACGGGGAAGAUCCGCUCGAUCCCGAGGAUCAGCAACACGGGCAUCCAUGGGGCUAUCAGCAGGGGUUCAACCCGUUUGGACACAACACGUUCAAGUUCCACUUCAACUGAUUCGGGAGAGGAUGGGGGGCGGGGGGAGAGGUGCAGAGAGAGGCUAUAUUUAUGUAUAUACCGAGGCGUCGAGGGUUAGGCAGAUUUUUACGUGCGUUAGCAGGGGUAGAAAUUAACUUUUGAACACGGGAGUCCAACGGACUCCCUACCCUCCCUACCCGGAGUUCGUAGCAA